CUAAGGUCGGAGUGUUGUCGCGCGAGAAGGGAGUGCCGGGCGUCUGUCUCGCCGCCCUCCCGGUCCUCCCAGUGAUCCCGAAUUUCCUCGCGAGCACACGCGCUUCCCGCUCUCGAAGAUGACGCUGCCGAGUCCGCUCGUCGUCGCCGCCGUCGCUUCCUCGACCGUCUGGAACGCCCGAAAUCGUUGUUCGCGAGCGAUCGUCGCACUGACACCCUGAUCGGACGAGGGAGAAUUUCGCGAGGGCACCCUUGAAAAAGCGCCGGUCGCGCAGUGCCACGACGCACGGGGGUUAGCGGUUACGCUGAGGUUACGUUCCCAGCGCGAGUGCACGAAGACUAUCGAUUGCCGAGUGCAUUUAAACGGCUGCGCGUGGAAUCGCUAAUAAGCGUCUCACAGAGAGAGAGAGAGAGAGAGGCGUUCGUUCGCGUUUCGCCCCACGGUCGUGCACAAUUGUUAGGUCUCGUCGUUGUGCGAGCCGAAGGAAACCUCCCGUUUGCCGACUCCUUCUCCUCCUCCUCCUCGGGGAUUGAUCAAUCGGCGGAGCAUCCUCGCGUUCCCCUCGGGCUAUCUUCGGUCAGUCGUCAAGUACGAAGAAUCACUAUCGCUGACAUCAUGGCGAGACGCACGAGGGGCCGGUAGUUCGGGCUUGGCAGGGAUGUCCUCGUGACAUGUUACCCCGUGACCUUGGCUGGCGCAACUACAACGUCCUCCACGGAGAGGGUCGUCUUUUGGUGCGCGGGUCCAGCGCGAACACGAGCGGCCGAUCGGUAUCUUUCAACCCCCGUGAGAUCGAGUAUCGCCUGCUGCCGUUGGUGCAGGUCAAACCCGACUUCGUGAUCCCAUAUGUGCUCUGCUGGAGGGUGCCAGGCGCGACCCACCGGAUUCAGGUUCACCCGUCGCUCGUCCAACGUCACCAGCACCACCAGCAGCAACAACAGCAGCAGCAGCAGCGUCAACAGCAACAACACCAUUACCAGCAGCAUCGUCAGCGCCGACGACACUUUCAGGGAGCGCCGCGAAGACCGUGA